UCAAAAUCGGGCAUCGGGUAAUUUUUAGGGGUUAUACGGGAACAAAUUGGCUUUUCUCUGGUGUUUUUUGGGUGAAAAUUCUUGGUGUGCCGGUAUUUUUAGGGGUAUUUUUCGAAUUUCCCGACAAGCAUCUCUAACACUUUUACCCUGAACCCCCCCCUUGAGUCUUAAACCAAGCAAAUACAUCCAGUUGAAGUAGGGAUAAUUAGUAGUGUAUUCGGUAAUAACAAGCAUAAGACAUCACAUUGGAGAAGUUGUCCUAUAGACCGUGUACAAACUAGGCGCGAGAAAAAAAUACGUAAAGAUAAAACGAUAACACAUAACGGUGUCCCGUCUCGGGCAUUUAAUAGGUCAUAGUGAACACCAGCUCUCAGAACAUCAUGGCUUUUUUAAGUCAACUGAAAAGUAAGGAUAAUUCUUUAUUAGGUUUCCAAGUUAACCGCCAACAAUAUGAAGAUUUAACGGCUCUUAUCUGCCGAUACAGCCUUGAAGAAAAUGCACUUCUAUCAAGGAAAUGCCAAGGGCUUAUGAAAGCAGAGAUAAUAAAUAUUUAUUAUAUGAUAAUUGGUUUAUAUAAUGGUUAUGAUAAUUAUCUAAGUAACAGUAAAAAAAAUAUUGUGUUAUUGAACACAGCAGUCUCUCUUUAGAAGUACUAUACUAUGGGGAUAAUAGUAAAGUAAUAGUAUUAUGCUAUUUUCCUGUUGAUAAUUGGAUGGGUGGUAAUAUCACGCCACUGACCUUGUUUCUUCUUAUACCUCGUAUGAUUUCCUCGUAUAUAAACCCGCCCACUCAUCAUCAUAUGUCAACAAUAGAAACCUUACACCUACCGCGGUGCCAGUCACCAAGAUCUAUGAGUGACUGAGAGUUCUUACUACGAGCUCGUCGCAAAACACUAAGAAAAACACCAGCGAAGAUCACUCCCCCAGGGCCAAAAAUCCUACGCUUAAGAUACCGAAGUAUUUGGAGAAUAUACGUGGAUUUUGGGACUUCAAAGGGCAGUGUUUUGCCUUGAGAACGACUAUUUAUACUGACUUGAACCUAUAGUUGGAGGUCAAGACCCGGUGUCUCAGGCUCUUGGGAGAACAACGAAGAGUUACCCUAAAAAAAAACACAAAUUGAAUCUCGAAAGUUCCGCAAACAACUCCAUUAAAGACUUGCUAGUAUUUAUUCGGAUUUGUAAAGUCAUUUACGCAUUUCGAACUGUUUGGUUUGAAACCCACUUUAUUGGUGUUACAAAUUAACAAGAUUUUACCGACAAGCAUUUAGCGGACAAGAAUUCGUAAAAUGCGCUUCAUUGCUCUAUUCCUUGGGAUCUUUAUUCUUCUUGGACUGGGUUCACAGACUUUCGCGUUUUGGUUUCGUCGACGACGGAGGAGCUGCUCCCCAAGGAACUGUGAUGUGAGUCAAUGGAGCAGUUGGGGUGACUGCAGUAGUCACUGUGGUGGGGGCACUCAGAUAAGGACCCGAAGAAUAACAACUCCCGCUUCAUGUGGCGGUGGCUGUCCAAGUUAUUCCUUCCAAGAUAUUCGCCGGUGUAACACACAGUGUUGCCCUGUUGACUGCGCGUUCGGUUGGUCGCAGUGGAGUCCGUGUGUUGGCUGUGGGAAGUCCACACAGUCUCGGUUUCCGAUCGUCUAUCGGCAGCCAUCAUGCGGAGGUCGAAGUUGUCCCGCGCGGGAGUCUCGUAACUGUGAUACAGGGGUAUGCUGCCCCGUGAACUGUGUCGUGAAUGGCUGGGGGGCAUGGGGCGGGUGUAACGCGCAAUGCGAACAAAACGGUGUGCGCACACGAUCGAGGUCCAUCCGAACCAACCCCACAUGUGGCGGCACAGGGUGUCCGUCACUGACUCAGACCACACCCUGUAGGGGCCCGUGCUGUCGACGCGACUGUAUUGUUUCCAGUUGGGCGGCUUGGAGUAAAUGCUCCGCGCCCACAGGCCAGUGUGGUGCAAACAGCGGCAGCAAGUCGCGCGUGCGUACUGUCACCCGUCAGCCAUCGUGUGGCGGGUCUGCUUGCCCUGGGCUCACUGAAUCGGCUAGUUGUACUCCUGUUCCUAUAACAUGCAUUGUCAGCGGUUGGAGUUCUUGGGGCGCAUGCGCAGCUGAUAAUGGCCGCUGUGGUGCUGGUACGCAGACGCGUACACGCCAAAUCACCCGACAGCCAUACUGUAGUAGCCCCUGUCCGGCGCUUUCCGGGAAGAGGUCCUGUACCCAUAGCUGCUGUCCGGUAUCCUGUCAGGUGUCCGGAUGGGGAGCGUGGGGCGCUUGCUCAACAACAUGCGGCACAGGCACAAAAGUGCGCACCCGUAGUGUGACAACACAGGCCUCGUGUAAUGGCGCGGCCUGCCCCUCCUUACACGACAACACCCCGUGCAGUCAGUACAACAACCGUGAUUGCGUCCAGUCUGCCUGGUCUUCCUGGUCCGCUUGCUCUAAUGGGUGUGGUAACGGUUACACCACAAAGACUCGGACCGUCCAGCAGCCGGCGGUUUGUCGGGGUACUCCAUGUGGAAAUGCGGCAGUCAUGAAGGCUUGCACUAGUUAUAGGGAUAACCAAGACUGCAAGGUUGGCUCAUGGGGCUCGUGGGGUGCGUGUAGUGCCAGUUGCGCGGUAGGAAUUCGAAAGCGCACUCGUUCUAUCACCGUCAACAAGAGAUGUCAGGGAUCGUCCUGUCCCGCUCUCUCAGAAACUUCAAGCUGUGGUCAAGCUAAUGGUGGAUGUCAGCAGUCUUGUAACAACGGCGCAUGCUCGUGCCUGCCAGGCUACACCAUCGAUUCCAAUAAGAAAACGUGCACCGCAAGGGAUUGUGGGGCUGCGAGCCCGCGGUACUGCGCGCCAGGUACAGCUACAGGAAGCACGUGCCAGUACGCCAUUGUCACGUGCCCUGCGGACAAGACGACUUACCCUGUCACGUGCUCUCUCAGAUGUCCCAAGUACUACGCACUCAAAGGUGCCACCUCGAUCACGUGCCAGACCAAUGGACAAUGGACGAACUUUGGCACCACAUAUUGCCGCCGCAUCAACGAUCCACCCACACAGGUGUUGCUUUCAAACACACGUAUUGCUGAGAACCAGCCGCAUGGAACGCAGAUAGGUACCCUUAGCUCCGUGGACCCAAACGCCGGCGAUACGCACACGUACACGCUGGUCAGCGGCGGCAGAGGAUGGGUGCAGAUUAGAGGAACCGCCCUCUUAGCGAUAACAACCUUUGACUAUGAGACACUACCCAAUAGGUUUGAUGUGAGAAUAACAAGUACAGAUAGCGGAACUCCCCAGAUGAGUACGACGAAGAUCUUCACAAUCACCGUCACUGACGUGAACGAGGCUCCAACAGACGUUCAGCUUUCUAGUUCAGCGGUGGAUGAAAACAGCGGCACGGACAUUACGGUUGGCUCCCUGUCCACGAGCGAUCAGGAUAGCGGUCAGCGGUUUACGUACACACUGCUGGACAGUGCGGGAGGCAGGUUUAAGAUUGUGGGCGAUAAAAUUAAGGUCUUACCUUCGAACUCACUGUGCCUUCAGACGGGCGGCGUCGAGUGCAAACUGAACUACGAAAACAAUGCCUACCACAAUAUCCGAGUCCGCACUACGGACAGCGGCUCACCACCAAAAUCAUUUGAACGGAACUUCAACAUCACAGUUAACAACGUCAAUGACAAACCACGUGGUCUAUUGUUAUCCAAUCAAUACGUUAAAGAAAACGCGCCGAUCAACUCCGUGAUUGGACAGUUCAGCGCCCGCGAUGAGGAUAAUGGUCAGCGGUUGGUUUUCUCGUUGGAUAAUGACGACAAUGGCCGGUUCAGAGUGGACGGCUUGGGGCGACUUGUGAAGGCGAAACAGACUGAUUACGAGACAAGUAAAGCGCAUCAGAUCACGGUCAGAGUGACAGACGAUGGAAACCCGAGACUGUGGAUCACAAAACAGUUCACCAUUGUUGUCCAAGACGUGAACGAAGCCCCAGUCUCUCUCACCCUCAACAACAGAGCUAUUCGUGAGAACUCCCCAAUUGGAACAAAAGUCGGCACGAUUACAGCUAUUGACUUGGACGCGAACUUCCAACAAAUCGCCAUCACUCUCGAUGAUGACGCUGGCGGGAAAUUCGCUCUUGGAAAUGUCACGUGUUCCAAGGUUACGCCAAUAGGAACUCAGUGCGUUUCUGACGUCACCGUUGGCGUAAGGUUAGACUUCGAAGUCAGCCAAUCAGAGCUUAUAAUCGUUCGCGCGACCGACAGCAGUGGCUUGUUCCACAGCGUCGCUUUUAAUGUAACAGUUAUUGACGUGAAUGAUCCGCCAAUCAAUGUCACACUUGACGGAAGCCUAUCAGGUACAGUAAAUGAAAACUCUCGCGAUUUUCUGAUUGGGUCUUUGCAAACGGCAGAUGAGGACUUGCACCAGACGUACUCAUACAUUUUGCUUAGUGACGGAGGAGGGAAUUUUGAGAUCAGAGCCGAUAAGCUUUACACGUCAAGUUCUGCAAAUUUGGACUUCGAAGUUGCUAGAAGCUACCAAUUGAGAGUGCGAUCAACGGACAGCGGUACUCCCCCGUUAUCAGUGGAAGGAACUGUUACCAUAACAAUCAGUGACGUCAAUGAACGACCCACCAAUAUUAGCCUUUCCGCCAGCACUAUCACUGAAAACACGCCUCCCGGAACCGUGAUUGGCAGGCUGUCAGUCAUCGACCCUGACAACCUCGGACCACAGGGUGACCGUCAAAGACACGUGUGUCGCCUUACAGACUCAUCCAAUGGGAGGGUAGCCAUACAGGGAAACCAGCUUGUCGUGGGGAGCGCGGGUGUGAAUUACGAAAGAGGGAGUUCCUUGAACGUAACCGUGUCAUGUGCUGAUCCUGGGGGACUGGAACUACUGGCGUCGUUCACUGUAGAUGUCUCGGAUGUGAAUGAGUCACCAACCGCUAUCAGUAUUUCUAGUCUUCAAAUCCUGGAAAAUCGUCCCGCGCUGACAAAAGUCGGCGACCUGAAAGUGACAGAUCCCGAUAAUGAAGUGUGCCAGAGGCAGACAUUCAACUUGACUGUCCUAUCCCCCCUUAGUCCGUUCAAAGUGAGAAAUGGCGCGCUUUUAGCAACGAGACCGCUGGACUUUGAAUCGCAUGCGCAGUGGACUGUCCGAAUCCGCGCUCAAGACAGCGGUACCCCGUCUAAGUAUUUUACGGAGUCAUUCACGGUCAGGGUCCUUGACGACAAUGACCCGCCGACGGCCAUUACGCUUUCUAGCUCAGCGGUGGAUGAAAACAGCGGUAUAGACACUCUGGUGGGCUACCUGUCUACGAGGGAUGAGGACAGCGGUCAGCGGUUUACUUACACACUGCUGGAUAGCGCAAGGGGCAGAUUUAAGAUCGAGGGUGAUAAACUCAAGGUUGCACAAAGUAACCGGGAAUGUCUAAGGCAAGGCGGAAACUCGUGCUUACUAAACUACGAACACAAUCAAACCCACCUAAUACGCGUGCGCACCACCGACAGUGGGACUAUACCGCUGACCUACGAUGCCGUCCUGACCAUUACCAUCCGGGACAUCAACGACCAGCCACGUGAUCUACAGCUAUCUAAUAAUAGAGUAGCAGAGAAUGCGUCUAUUGGUUCCUCCUUUGGUACGUUUUCGUCACGUGAUGAAGAUGCUGGUCAGUCAUUGGUCUAUUCGUUGUCUGAUGAUGACGGGGGGAGGUUCAGGGUUGAUGCCGUUGGAAAGCUGUUCAAAGCGAAGGACAUGGACUACGAAACGCAGCGCAGUCACGUGAUUCAGGCUGUCGUAACUGAUAAUGGGUCGCCAGCUAUGAAGAUGGAAAAACAAUUCACCAUUGAAGUUCUCGACAUAAACGAAGCUCCUGUUCACUUGAAUUUCACCUCAACCGACGGCCAACUAGCAUUUCCUCCUAACAGCCCUAAAGUGCGAGAAAACUCGGAAUUGGGAACGGUGGUUGGAACGCUGGAAGCGUUGGACUACGACGCAUUGCAGCAACUAAGUUUCCACCUGGAUGAUAGCGCGGGGGAGGCGUUUUCACUAUCGGCAAGCGCUUCUUUGUGUGUUCCCGUCACAAACAUGCGGGGUUUUAACACCCGCUGCACUCACACAUUACGUGUGAACACGACUUUAAACUACGAACAAAACCAAGCGCAUUAUAUCGUUGCCAGGGUGACCGAUAACAAAGGGCUGUUCACAACAAGACGAUUCCGUGUGACGAUCACGGAUGAAAACGACGCGCCCGCAGGCAUCACGUUAGCUGGAAAUUCGCUGACAGCGACCGUGGACGAGAACGCUAACGGAGCGCUUGUAGGGGAGCUGGUGACGAUUGAUGAAGAUAGUGCGCAAUCGCAUACUUAUGUGUUGACUGAUGAUGCCGCUGGCCGCUUCGUUACGCGAGCCAAUAAGCUUUACGUGUCUAGAUCCGCAAAUCUCGAUUACGAGUCAAAAAAUACCUACAAUAUUACCAUUAGGAGUACAGACACAGGUAAUCCAUCCCUGAAUGUAUCCAACACCUUCAGCAUUUUAGUCCGUGAUGUAAACGAGGCCCCCUCAAAAGUGUCUUUAUCUAAUUCACGCGUCCAAGAAAAUAGCCCUAAAGACACUGUGAUUGGCCAGUUGACUGUCACCGACCCAGAUAACUCCGCCUACAAUUCCCGCCAAUCACACAAAUGCAGCGUUGUCGACGAUAUGAUUGGUCAGUUUGUCGUUGAUCAAGGCAACGUUCUCAAGGUGGGCCGCGUGGUCCUGGACUUUGAGCAAGCGACUGUGAUAAGCGUGCCCGUGAAAUGUGUGGACAGCGGUUAUCCUCCACUCUCACUGCAGGUCGUUUUCAACAUCACGGUGGAUGACGUCAAUGAGUCGCCGGCUGAUAUCGCUCUGUCUGGGAAUUCCAUCGCCGAAAACGUCCCUGCGACUUAUAUAGGUACACUGACUACCACUGACCCUGACAACGAGGCUCAAUUUAGACAGACCUUUACCUACACGCUCAUGGGAGACACCGCUGGGAUUCCGUUCGUGAUUGACGGCGCAGCACUGAAUAGCACACGUCCACUGAACUACGAGCGCAAAGCAUUCUGGGUUUUCACUAUAAGGUCAACGGAUAGUGGCACCCCUCCUUUAAGCGUCACUAAAACGUUCAACAUCACAGUCGUGGAUGUAAACGAAGCUCCAUAUGGCAUCACUGUAUCAAGCUCUGACGUAGACGAAAACAGUGGCCAAGACACGGUGAUUGGCACUUUGUCCUGUCAAGACCCGGACUUCGACCAAUCACAUUCGUACACGUUAAUUGAUGACGCGGGAGGGAGAUUUAAAGUCGAGAAUGACACACUCAUGGUCGCCCUAUCGAACUCCGACUGCAUUCGACUAGGUGGAAGUGCCUGCAAGCUUAACUACGAGGGUCAGAGGCAACACGUCAUACGCGUGCGCAGUACAGAUAACGGGGCACCUGCGCGAACGAGCGAGAAGAGCCUGGUGAUUACUGUGAAUGACGUCAAUGAUAGACCACGUGAUUUGAGGAUGUCGGGGUUUAAGGUGGAGGAAAAUGCGCCAAUAGGAACACGGAUAGGCAAGCUGACGGCUUCUGACGAGGACAAGUAUCAGACUCUCAGCUUCUCUCUUGUUGAUGACGACAAAGGUCGAUUCGCUAUUGAUUCGUCUGGUUACGUCAUGAAGGUGAAGGCGACAGACUACGAGACAAGUCAACUCCACACGAUUAUCGCUCAAGCACGUGACAACGGCACUAAGACUUUAGCGGUGAACCAAACAUUCACUAUCGUUGUUGUGAACAUCAACGAAGCCCCAAUAAACAUCUCCAUCACGUCACUAAAUGGACAACAAGCAUUUCCCGAUAACGCCCCGACAGUUUCCGAAAACUCUCCGAACGGAACAGUCGUCGGAACGCUAUUCUCGCUGGACCACGACGCCGUACAAAAACUGAGCUUUCAAAUCACAAACAACAAAUUCACACUCGACCCAACCCCCGUGUGCCAUAAUCAGACUAAUAUCCCUGGGGUGGGGACGAUUUGCUCGACAAAACUCCGCGUGAGGGGUGGGCUGGAUUAUGAACAGAGUGCCCGUGAAGACGUCAUUGUCCGGGUCAUGGAUGAUCACGGGCUCAGCCUCUCUCAGCGGUUCACCGUGCAAGUACUGGAUGCUAAUGAUAAGCCCCAAAAUGUGUCCAUGUCAGGAGGGAGUGUCGGUCACGUGGACGAGAACAUGAAUGACGCGCUUGUCGGCGUGUUAUCUGCAGUAGACCAGGAUUCCUCCCAGACUCACAGUUUCCGUAUGGUCGAUAACGAUGGGUGGAGUUUUGUGAUCAAGGGUAACAAGGUGUUCACCUCACAAGCCGCUAAUCUGAACUAUGAGAAGCGUCAGACGUACACGAUAGUGGUAAGAGCGGUGGACGAUGGACAGCCGAGUAUGUAUGUGGAUGGGAGAUUUACUAUUAAGGUACGCGAUGUCAAUGAAAUGCCAACCGACAUACAGCUUUCCAACAACUCCGUCCUCGAGAACUCCCCCGCCUGGACCCCCGUAGGGGGCAUUAUUGUCAUCGACCCAGACAACCAAGGCCCUAGGGGAGCCUGGCAAAAUUCGGCCUGUUUAGUCCUUAACCAUCUCGCUGCUCCAUUUGCCGUCUCCAACAAUACGCUCGUGUCAACAGGAGAUCUCAAUCACGAGGCCACGCCUACCAUUGACGCCAUCUUACGUUGCUAUGACGACGGCACUCCGCGUCUUUAUUUAGAAAAGACUAUUACAAUUUUCGUCAAAGACGUCAACGAAGCCCCAUCUGGCAUCCAUUUGGCUGGAGCUACGGUCGCUGAGAAUUCCGGGCCGGUCGUUGUAGGCAGGUUUCACACGAUUGAUCCGGAUAACGAGGGUCCGUGGGCGCAGAACCAGACAUUCAGCUACACCGUCAUAAAACAGAGUGGCACAGGGAGCCCAUUCUCCACGGAGGGAGAUUUCCUGAAGACUGUUCGAAGUCUAGAUUAUGAGACUCGGAACUCUUGGAGCGUGACUGUCACGUCAACAGACAACAAAGGUCUCAAUGUCACAAACAGCUUUGUGAUCACCGUGCAAGACCGAAACGAUGCGCCUACAAAGAUAUCGGCCAGCGGUCCGCUAAACAUAGCAGAGCAUAGCCCGUCCGGCACGUACAUCGGCACUUUAAUCACCGCUGACCAGGAUGUACGGCAGUCGCACAGCUACAACAUUGAACACGUGACCGCAUAUGGAUUUGGCGGCAAAAGUAAUAGCAGUAGCCUUCUCGGGCUCUUCGCCAUUGAAUCGCCGUCAGGCAAAUUGUCCCUGUCCGGACCACUUCUAGACUACGAGCAGUACGCCAACUACACACUGACCGUCCGGUCCACGGACAAUGGACUUCCGCCCCUAUCCACCCUGGGACAGUUUUUCGUGAACGUGAUUGACGUCAACGAAAACCCUGUCAACAUCACUCUUAGCAAUGACGCGGUAUUUGAAAAUGUUCCGAUAGGAACGCCAGUCGGACAGCUGACGGUCCACGAUCCGGAUAACGCCAACCUUCCCUGGCAGCUGUUCACCUGUGUCGUCACUAACGCUGAGAGCGUCCCAUUUACGAUCACAAAUCAUCUUGAUUUAAUCGUCUCAAGGGAAAUUGAUUACGAGCAACAGAAUAUCUACGCUGUCGCGGUAAACUGCAGCGAGCGUAUAUCACCUCCAUUGUCAAUCUCCUCGAUUUUCGAUAUUGAUGUCCUUAAUGUCAACGAACCACCAUACAAUCUCUCAAUUUCCGGGACCAAAAUACCCGAAAAUGGUAGUCCCGGGGAUUUGGUCGGCGUGCUAUCCGUACAAGACCCCGAUACUCCGGAUCUCUUGUUUGGUAACGUCACUUUAAGCAUUCAGUCCCAGUCCCCACGCCCAGACAUGUUCAAACUCGUCGGCCGGAGCCUGGUGACAACUGAUGUCUUAGACUUCGAAAGUAUACCAUUGUACAGGUUGACAGUAGUCGCAGCAGAUGAAGGAAACCCGCCGCUUCAAACCAACCUCAGUUUCGAAGUGCACGUAUUGGAUAAUAAUGACCGGCCUCAAGGAAUCCAGUUGUCUCCUAGCACUGUGCUGGAGAAUGCCACUGCUGGUGCUGUGAUUGGCUCCUUGCAAGCACGUGACCAGGAUGCCAAUCAGACCCACAGCUUCUCGGUUGUUGAUCGCACAGAUUUGUUCGAAGUCAGAGGUAGUAAACUCGUCCUUGUUUCGUCGGUUAAUUACGAGGAGAAUCCGACAAUUAACGUCACCAUCCGAGCAGCCGACGAUGGGUCGCCGAGUCUGUCUAAGGAGGAAGUCUUAGCCGUGACUGUAAUCGACUGCAAUGACGCUCCCUCUGACGUCAUCAUUCGCCCCCAAAACAUCGUGCUACCAGAGAACAGUAAAAGCGGAACUCCGCUGGCCAACGUGACCGUAGUCGAUGACGAUACCUUGCAGGAACACUACUGUACUUUGAUAGAUGGUCAGCGGUACUUUUACAUAAAAAAGUUGUCGAGAUCCGAGGCGGGAAUAUUUGUAGCAGCUUCCGAACUGGACUUUGAGACGAUGAAACAGCCCAUUACAGUCACAGUGAAGUGUACCGACGACGGGAACCCGCAAUACUCGAACCAGCGGUCUUUUAACGUGACGCUGUCGGACAUAAACGAGGCGCCAUAUGAUAUUACCUUGACCGGGUCCCCUGUGGUGGAGGAGAACGUGGUAAAGGGAUACGCGAUUGGCAGUCUGUCAUGCAAGGACCCGGAUGUAGGCCAGAGUCACGUGUUUCAGGUGGUCGGCAAAUACGACAAUGUGUUUGAGGUUAACGGAACAAACCUCAUCGUCAAAGAUCCAUCCUACCUUGACCAUGAGGCCUUGCCUCCGCCCGCCACACUACACAUCUCAAUUCGGGCCACGGACAACGGCGACACGCCCCUCGACGUCACAAAUGACGUCACUAUCAACGUCACUGAUGUCAACGAGGCGCCCUACGAUAUUCGCUUGGUCCCAAGUCACGUGACAGUGAAGGAGGAUAUAAGGACCGGGCAGUGCAUUGCACAGGUCACGAGUACAAACCCCGAAGUUGAGCAGACGGUCUCCUACUCUCUCCUAUCCUAUCAGACCGAGUUUAGAAUUAAUGCGGUGUGCUUAAAUAGCUCUUUAAGUUCCGGGAACGCGGCGUAUUUAACAGUUAACGGACCGCUAAGCUACGACAAAAUGGAGAGCCUUAAUUACACGUAUGACAUCAUGGUGGAAGCGAUGGACAACGGGAUUCCGCCACUCGCGUGGAACGAUUCCGUGUUCGUGCGCGUGGAACGCGUCGACCCAUGCGUGAACGAGACCGUAUGUGACGGCAACGCGACGUGCGCGCGCGUGAAGGGGACAUCCUUAACAUGCACGUGCAAUCCUGGUUACCUUGGCAACGGGCGCUGGUGUGAUGAAAUCAACGAGUGCAUUCCAAACCCUUGCAGGCCGGGCGGCGAGUGUACAGACCUUGUCAAUAACUACACAUGCGCGUACUUCUGUGAUGAUGACCCCUGCGUUCCUGGCACCACAAAGUUCUGUUCAGACGAGGAGCGUGCGUGCUUCUGUAAGCUUGGUUUUGACGGGAGAAAUUGUAGCCGUGAGAUAAACGAGUGUGAGCCCUCACCGUGUGGACAGUACGCGCUGGACUGUAAGGACGGCAUUGCGCGGUUUGAGUGCAUCUGCCAGGAGGGAUACACCGGUACUGUCUGCCAGAGGCAGAUAAGCGACUGCGCUGAAACAGACUGUGACUAUAACCAAGUCUGCGUCCGCCCUGAUCUAUAUCAGAAUGAGACGAAUCCUACCAAGUGCGCUGAAAGGGAGGUUGAGAUCCCCAUGUACAUCAACCGGACCGUUUAUUCGCUGACUGACGUUAGCGAUAAGUACUGGCAGUACCAGCUUCAGAGGUUCAUAAUGUCGCAGAUGCUGGUCAAUAUGAGCGACAUAUCCGGUGAUUUCGUGGAUAACUCGCGGGUUUCGGCUACAGAUCUGUACGUUUUGAGUUUUAGGGUAGUCAAGAUGACGGGGGGCGUGGACGCGCGUGUCAGACGUGACGUGUGGACGACGAGUCGUGUGGAUGCCCGUGACAUGGAUGAGGAUCUCGCUAGACGUGGUUUGAUGAUUGAGGACACACGUGAUACGAAUGACAUUGGCAUGGACUCACUUGGUCUAAAUGAAGAUCGCGUGCGCUUGCGUGCGAAGCGUGACGUGGAAGAGGAUCAACUUGUCAGUUAUACCGGGGUGUGGUUUGUCGUGAAAGCGCAGGGUAUCUUUGUUCCACCGAAUGUCUUUUAUCUAGAGCUAAGGAGUCUGUGCUUGAGAAACAGGCACUAUAUCGCGACAGACACAUUUGAAGGAAAGAUCUGCUCAGCCGUCCCCGGUAUGAUUGACACCUUACAAAUCAAGCCCCUCCCACCGCGUCGUCAGCAGCAGGAAAAAGACAACAGAGCUGUCAUUCAUCCCUAUAUGUACUACGUGAUUGGUGGACUUGGUGGGAUUGUCCUACUGACUCUACUAGUGGGGCUUAUACUGCACAUGCGGAAGGCUCGCAAGGAACGCGAGCUCAAAGCCCUCUUCCUGCACGACGAACUGCUGGAGUCGCGUACAAGUUACACUGACGCCAUGUUCCGCCAUCACCAAGGGGGGGAAGGCGAGGCGCAUAACCCUGUGUACGGCAUACAUGAAGACGAGAUCGACUCUACGAUUGUCAUGAGUGACAACCCUCUGUACGCUAGACCGGACGAGCCAGAACCGGACGUUGAAUCGGAUACCGGGUUCUCCAACCCCAUGUACAGAUCUUUCAAGGUUAAAGACGGCAAAGACGAUGACUAUCGAGAGCCUGAGAUAGGAGUGGAAUGUGCGAAUGGGCUGUUUUCUGGUGUAAAUAUAGCAGUGAGCGGCGCUACUGGAUCACCGUCCGCAUCAAGAAAAGGCAAAGGUCAACUAAAAGGUAAGAAAAAGAAGAAAGCUCAAAAGCGCAAUAAACAGAACCACAAGGAGGAGGAAGAAGAUCUGGAUGUAGCCUUCGUGAACCCGAUGUUCAAAAACCGAGCGAAAAUCACAGAAACUGAGCCCUCUCCGAUUACACCCGAAGACGAAUCGAUGGCAUCAACAGGUGAGAUAAGCUCGGAAGAAGGUCGCGUAAACCCCUUGUUUGAGCCCGACCGCUCUCCGAAUGGAUCCGAAGAUGAUCUUCCCACAAUCCCCAACAUUCCAUCGACAGAUGAAGGGCAGGUGAAUCCCUUGUAUGAAUCCGAACCAUCUCCGCCCAGCUCCGAAGAAGAUUGCGGAGAAGGAUCCAACAAAGCCGAGGAAAACCUUUAUGCGACCCCUAAAGAAGAGCCCCUAUACUCUGUCCCAACGAAAACAGAAAAACCGAAGGUUGAUCACCCCAUCUACGACUCGCCUAAACGAUCCGACGGAAUAUCGAUCUCCGACAGAGAGGAUAACGAAGACUCAGUCGAGCCUUUGCCGAUGGAUAUUGUCAGUGCUUUCUCGUUUGACCCAUCGCCUCGUCCACGGCAGGUCUUGGAAGAUAGACCAGGGCAGAGCGACUGUUAGGACAGGAUAGCUGGACAGGAAACCGGACAGGACAAGGACAUGAUGUACGAGCUUAUAAUCCUGAUUUUUCUAUACUCAGAUUUUGAUUUUGUAAAUUGUUAAUUAGCACAGUCCGAAGCUUUCCAUCCAAGUAUCGCAUCGUUUUCACUGAGGGCCUUUUAAAAAGCGUGUGGAAGCUUAGAAUGUACGCUUCAAUUUAAAUCUAUAGACUAUAGGAUCCCGACUAGCGUUUUUUUUUUAUAUUGAAAUAUCUGAUCAAUUUUGAUAUAUGAUGAUACAUAUAUUCUAUCAAUUGAUAUUGCAGGAUAGAUUGAAUAUCAUAUCAUAUCAUUGAAAUAUCUGAUCAAUUUUGAUAUAUGAUGAUACAUAUAUUCUAUCCAUUGAUAUUGCAGGAUAGAUUGAAUAUCAUAGUGAUUUAGAUGUACUUCACUCGUGUAAAACUUAUCAGCAUUGGUUAUUUUUUUUGCGACACUAAAUAUUCGUCACUCAAGAUUGGCUCCAGAAUCUUUAGGCUUUGUGUCAUUUUUUCUAUGCGCUAUUGGAAAUCAAAUAUGCCGCCAUUUGACUCGCCUGCACAAAGUAGGUACGAACCUGUAUUUUUAAAUAGUUUAUAAGUUUGUAAGCAAGCAGCUUUUAUAAGUUUUUAAGCAAACCUUUUAUCCACAAGCAAGAUUUGAUCUCAAAAUCGACAGUGAUUGUGGGAUUUUUAUUUAAUAUAAUUUUGAGGAUGAUCUUGAACUGGGAUAUUGUAAUUAUAACAAUUCUAUAUAUGUAUUUGGAUGGAAUUUUUAUUGAAAAAGAAAAUGUUAAUGUAAGGAAUUUACAAAAUUAUUAAGAUGUAUAUAACAAAUGCUUGUUUUUCAAUUUGCUUUUAUGAGAAAAAUUAUGCAAUAGCACUCUUUAGCGUAAAGGUUCUUUUUAAAGGUCGCGUCCUUCAAGCUUUUGUCGUUAUCCCUGCUUAAACAACCUCUUUCAGCCGCCAUUUUGUCAUCCUAGCAAAAUACCAAGUGUGAAAAAGCAUCCAUUUCCAUCGGCUGAUUUAGCGAAGCCAAUGCGAUUUCUUUCAUUGAUUCUGAUCAAUAAAGUAUUAAACUUUGUUUUUUAGAUAGUGAUUUCGUGAUUUCGGCACAUUUGAGCCUUCAAAUUGAAUGUAAACAAUAGAAAACGUGUGGCUGUAAAGAGCUCUUUAAACUUGGGAUCGAGCGUUUGUAAACUUGACCAGGCGCAUGCAUCUCUUAGAUAAUCGAUAAAAAGUCAAAGACGAUACGGUCUUCUAUCAUUACUACUUAUUCGUAUUGCUACUGACCAAUAAACGAUAUGAAUGGAAUAACUGAAUAAAGCAUAUCAAAUUAA